CCGAAAUUUGAGACGAAAAGUUUGUGUUUAUUUUUGGCGCGGUGGACUGAACAAUCAAUCCCCUUCUUGUUGCUGUCAUUAUUAUCAUUGUACUGUAUCUGGACGGAAAGUUGCCCUAGUUGUACACGCCGUCAUUGGGCAAUCCUCCGGAAAGUUGCCCUAAUUGUACACGCCGUCAUUGGGCAAUCCUUCUCGCGGGUGUGGUGACUUGGAGUGGGCGAGACAGUGAGAGGCCAGCUAUGUUGGAAAAAGGUGGACCAGGUUCAAUGUGCGAAGAGCUGUUCAUCCCUCCCCUUAAUUUUGCUAUGGUAGACAAGGGGGUUUACAGGUCGGGAUACCCGAACAAGAGGAAUCUUACAUUUCUCAACAAGCUCGGUCUGCGCUCUGUUGUGUCGUGGGCACAUCACCCAGGCCCAGCGCUACUUAGAGCUGGGCCCGCCCAGCUCCUGGGCACAGUUCGAGUAGCUCACUUCUUGGGCAAGACGCUGCUGGAGCAGCGCGACUACAAUGCUGCGCUAGGACUAGAGGUAGAGGUGUGGGUAGGAGGCAGAGAGGAGGUUGAGGCGGUGGCCAUACCUGCAGCAGCAGAGGGCCUACCUGGGCGCCAUGGCUGGUCUUCUCACUAGCGACCUGCAGCACAGAGGGACACGCUGGUUCAUCAGUAUGUGGCAGCAGAUAUCU